UGCUCUGAGCUCUCCUGAGGAAAGUUGGUGUCCUUGAGGAAGCAUGGCCUUCCGUGGCUGGAAGUGGUUCCUCCUCUUGGGCAGGCAGAACACCCUUGCCAAGGUGUGGAGAAGUAGGAGGGGAGGCCCCUCUCUGUGCUGGAAGCGCUGCUGCCACUGGAGCACAGGCAAGUCUCUGGACCCCGAGGUGAGAGCGUUUUUGGAGGAGAACACUGAGGUCACCAACAGCGGGCACCUCACACCAGAGAUCCGGCUGCGCCUCCUCACCCCUCGCUGCAGGUUCUGGAGAGAAAAACCUGACCUGUGGCCUUAUGGGGACCCUUUCUGGGCAAUUUACUGGCCAGGUGGCCAAGCCCUCUCCAGGUAUAUUUUAGAUAAUCCACAUGUGGUUAAAGGGAGAUCAGUUCUGGAUCUUGGAAGUGGAUGUGGAGCAACAGCAAUAGCUGCUGUGAUGAGCGGGGCAUCCCAAGUCCUUGCCAAUGACAUUGACCCUAUUGCAGGAAUGGCAAUGAUCUUGAACUGUGAACUGAACCACCUGAAUCCCUUCCCCAUCACCAUUAAAAACAUCAUUAAUUCAGAGGCUGGCAACUGGGACCUCAUAGUUCUAGGAGAUAUGUUUUAUGAUGAACAACUUGCUGAUGGUCUGCAUCACUGGCUGCAGAAGUGCAUCAGGAUUCACCAGACUGAAGUGCUGAUUGGUGACCCUGGCAGGCAUCAGUUUUUAAGCCACAGCAUUCGCAGUCAGCUGCACAAAGUUAUAGAAUAUUCACUGCCUGAGUAUACGAGACAAGAAAACUGUGGGCUAACAUCAAGUACUGUCUGGAGUUAUCAGCCCUCAAACAGCUUAGAUGAUUCUUGAAGCUGCCUUUUUAUGGGAUUUUGUCUCACUUGAUUGGCUUUUUGCAGGUAUAUAACAUGAAAAUGGGAAUUAAACAAGGAACAUUAUCUGUUAAAGUAAAGCAGCUUGUUGUACCUUCACUGGACUGAUUUCAAUCAUACUCACUGAGGUUUUUGCUCAAUUUGAUGUAAAAGCUACAUGCAAACUGUAUUCAAAGGGGCCUGCACUGAAGUGCAGAUCUACAGACAACUUACAUGUAGGAGUUUGCAUGCUUGAUGUUUCCCAUGUGUAUUUGUGUCUUGCUGACAUUACUGUGAAAUGUUUUGGAUGUCCAGCAUACUGCUGUGGGGAGAGGGCUGUGGCUGAAUGACUACUGCACUGCUUCCACAGGCUUUUGCAGCUUAUUUAUGGAAAAUUUCUAAAUAUAGAAAAUUAUUGCUGUCCUCCAUAAAAUUCUCCACUAGAUUAUUAACUCAUAAUAUGCUCAACUUGAAGUGCCUUGCUCUUUUUCUGAAUAUCUCUUCUGAAUGUCAAAGUAACUAAUUGGAAUCUCCCCCCCUUCCCUCUAUAAUAAAAAUUUCCUCUUCCUUGAAACUGACAGAGUGAUUAUGUAGGAGUUGCACCCAAAUCUAAACUCUGCUUUUUGACUGCCAGCCAGUGUAAAAGCUUUAAUAAAUGGAAAGUGAAUAAA